AUGAUCCUGCCUCCGAGCCAUGUUGCUGCAAGCCCGGCGACAACCGCCCUCAGCGAUGCCGCCUCGCCCUCUCCGACGUCCUUGAUACCUGGUUACGGCAGCGAAAACUGGAGCUCGCUCAUCGGCAUCGUUACCGCGAUUGUCGGAAAUAUCCUGAUAUCCUUCGCCCUGAACAUGCAGCGGUAUGCGCAUAUACGCCUGGAGCGGGAGUGGCAAGAGAAGGAGAGGCAGCGCAAGAGGAGGAGCGCCUCAUACAGGUCGGAGCAGGCGAAGGCGGAUGAGCGGGCGAGAGCGAAUCUGAACAGGAAAUAUCAUCGUCCGCGGCAGACUGGGGAGAACUUGGGCCAGAAUGGGAGCGAGAGCGUGGGUGAGGAAUUCGCUGCCCGCGAGUCGGACCCUCUUCUCUCGACUACAAGGGCGGGCUCAAGACCAAGUUUGAGUUCGACGGCAAGCGGGGAAGCGGGGGAUGGACCGGCAUAUAAGCCAAAGAGCUACCUCAAGAGCCCAUAUUGGUGGGCAGGCAUCAUACUUAUGACCACCGGAGAAGCGGGGAAUUUCCUCGCCUACGGAUUCGCGCCAGCGUCAAUCGUGUCCCCUCUCGGCGUCGUUGCUCUGAUAUCGAACUGCAUAAUCGCCCCAUUUAUGCUCAAGGAACCCUUUCGGAAAAGAGACGGACUGGGAGUGCUGGUUGCUGUUGCCGGAGCGGUAACCAUCGUCCUGUCUGCAAGCGACAACAACCCCAAGCUGGGUCCCGGGGAGAUAUGGGAUUUGAUCUCGACCUGGGAGUUCGAAACGUACCUGGGUAUCACGAUUGCGGUUAUUCUUGCAUUGAUGGUGGCGAGCAACAAGUUUGGGGAGAAAAACAUAUUGAUUGAUUUAGGACUGGUUGGGCUGUUCGGCGGGUACACGGCUCUCUCCACCAAGGGCGUCGCCUCUAUGCUUUCAUACACCCUAUGGCGCGCCAUUACCUUUCCCGUCACAUACCUGCUUGUUGCCAUCCUCGUGGGUACUGCUAUCAUGCAGAUCAAGUACAUCAACAGGGCGCUACAACGCUUCGACGCUAUCCAGGUUAUUCCGGUGCAGUUCGUCCUCUUCACCCUCUCAGUCAUUCUUGGAUCUGCAAUCCUAUAUCGUGACUUUGAACGCACCUCUGGCAGUGAUGCUGGGAAGUUCUUUGGGGGUUGUGCUAUGACGUUCAUGGGAGUGUGGCUGAUUACGAGCGCGAGACCACCGAAGAGAGAUGAAGACGAGGAGGACCGGGAUCCGGAGCCUGAGGAUGCUAUCAAUUUGGUCGAUGGGGAGCGAUACCACGAUGAGGUCGACGGCGUCAACGAGGAAGCUGGUGCGAGCAGCCGCCGGUCAUCAACUCUUCGAGCCAUGUCACCACCCAUCGAUAUACACAGGAGACCAUCGACACGAGAAAUAUCCGAACCUGCUACGCCAGAUAUUACAUUUACGCCGGACGCGCCUACCCUACGCACGCCAACCACGCCAAACGAUAGCCGGAACGAAAUCCCAUCAUCCUUAACGACGAACCCCUGGGACCAAGAAAGCACUCCUGAUUCCCCAUCUAACCGCCGGCCACCAGCGCAGCUCAGCAGGCAUACCACGCUCUCCAUACCAGCCCUCCCAACGGAGCAACCACGUGUAUCGACAUCAAGCCCCGAGCUCCCCGUAAACCUCCCUAUGCCCCACACACCUAUUCGAACUACCUCAGACACCCCAGUAACCCCGAGCGUCGCAACUACCCUACCACCACACCUACGUCGUAGAGGUACUUCAGAACGUCUCAGCACCCGAAACUCGAUCCCUGGCCCGCUACUGGCGAGUCCACUUAGCACGAGCUUGAGUGCUAUGGUUCAGGACCUAAAGCGCGGAGGUAGUUUGAGGGGCCAUCCUACGCAGAGGGCCGAUGAUGCGACAAGGAGACAAAGCGUGCUGGGCAUAGGCGCACAAGAGGUAGACGAGGAGCGAAUAGGUGAGCCGCUCGAUAGAAGGAGAACAGGCACGGAUGAGACUUCUCCCGAGCGUGGAGGACGAGGAAGAAGUCUUAGCGGGACUUUAGGUGACUUGUGGAGGGGAUGGAGAGGGCAGCUUGAGGAAGAAGAUGCUGAAAGGCAUGUUAACACGGAGGCUGGGCAAGAGCAUAGGCAGGAAGAAAGGUGA